GCAAAUCAACAGAGUUGAGUGAUUAUCGUGGUGCGCUAACGUGAACAACACACAUUUUUUCGGUCCGGACGAUAGUCGUAGUCACCGAUUUUCUCUUCACAACAACACAGCUUUUUACAAUUUUAAAUUUUUUGUAGUUUUCCAUAUUUAUCUCCUGUUUUCACCAAGCGGGUACAGCCCUUGAAAGGAUAUUUCUUCGUGACCUAUCGGAUUAACAACAAAGACUACACAAAAUGACAGAACAAGAAUACGACAAAGAGCAAUUGAGAAUUUUGCGCAACGCCUUCAAAGCCUUCGACCACGAGGACAAAGGUUUCAUCGAUCACAGUGAUGUUCAUCAAAUUCUCGAAAUUCUAGGGCAAAAACUAGAUGAAAAGGCGGUAAAGGCCCUUAUCAAAGAGGUUGAUAAGGGCAACACCGGCAAAUUGGAUUUCAGUAAAUUCUGCAAAUUGGCUGCCCGUUUCGUCGAGGUUGAGGAGGAUGGACCGGUGUUGAUGAGCGAGCUGAAGGAGGCCUUCCGUGUCUAUGACAAGGAGGGCAAGGGCUAUCUGACAGUACAAACAUUGCGUAGUAUUCUGCAUGAAUUGGAUGAUAAGUUGUCGAACCAGGACUUGGAUAUGAUCAUUGAGGAAAUUGAUGCUGAUGGUUCGGGUACUGUGGAUUUUGAUGAAUUCAUGCAAGUGAUGACAGGUUAAAUUUUAAGUUCUCUUCAUCAUUUUCUUCAUUUUGGCUCCGAUUUAGGGGGCGGCUUUGGAAGGCAAAGAAGACAUAAACAAACAAAAUAUUUAUUUUUCUUAUUAUUUUACAAAAAUUUUGUUUAACAGCAUAUUUUAUUUCCACCUCAGUGUUGAAUCAAUAUUUACCAACCAGAUUUUUUUGAUUUAGCUGAAAUAAAAAGAGGAAAAUUAUGAAAUUAGAUUUUUAGUUAAAAAAAUUAAUUAUUUUUAUUUGUUAUUCCACUGUAAAAAGU